GGACAUUUGAACACAUCGUCAAACACACUGCUCGAAUCUGAUGCCGACAAACACAUUUUGAUAUCGAAGGCAUAUUCGGUUGUGGGAAGUUAAAGACGACAGAUGUUUUGAGGAUCAAAAAUAAUGAGUUUGCUCUCAAGUUUAGUCAAAAGCCUUGGACAUGGAAACGUUAAUCGUUGUUUUAACCAUCAUUCUACUCGUUCCAGAAACUCGUUACCAUUUGAUAAGAAGCCCACGCUGUUCGGAGACGAGGCCUCCCCGCCCGUGCGGUUUGUCAUGAUGACGGCAUCGGCCCUCAACAUCGAGUACAAACUACAUAGAGUUGAUCUAUUCUGCUCUGAGCACAAGUCAGAGUUUUAUACAAAGAUUAAUCCUUUGCAGAAAGUACCAGCUCUCUCCGUUGGUAACCAUAUUAUUAAUGACAGUCAUGCAAUAGCUUUGUACAUGUGUCGUAAGAGUCGGAACUAUGCCUUAUAUCCAUAUAGUAAUACAGCCAAGUCCAGGAUAGAUCAGAUGCUAUUUUUCAAUUCGGGAACUUUGUUCCCUAUAGAUAGUGCAAUUUAUUCAGAAUUCUUUACCGGUAAAUGGCCUGCAGACGAAAGCAAAUUGAAGGAUUGGUAUCACGCUGUAGAUUAUCUGGAAUACCGACUUGGGGAACAUAGUUGGCUCGCUGGUGAUAAAGUCUCUCUUUGUGAUCUUUGCUGUGGAGCUACAGUGAGCUCCCUACAGCUGCUCAUACCGUUAUUGGAGCGCCAUCACAAAGUGGAUAGUUGGUUGAAGAGAUUACAAGCUCAUUCUUGUUACAGAGUUAAUGAAAAUGGAUUGAAACGUUUAAAUAUAUUUGUUGAAAAA